AUGGCGGAAGCCGCAGGCCAUACGAAAGCAGUUGCCGCCCCUUUCUCCAUAGCGCUCGCUCCUCCGCAUGCGGCGGCGGCGGCAGCGGCGGCGGCGCCAGGGCCGAAUUUCUCAGCGCCAAAUGCGGCGCCAGUCGCGGGAGAUCUCGAGACGCCGUUGAUCGAGCCGUCGCGCUCGCUGGGCGAUACUGCUGACGUGGAUAAGCUCCCAUCUCUUCAUCCGCCUGCCUCCCCUUGUCCUCCCCCUUGCACCUCCCCUCCGCUCCCCCUCUCCCCUCCACUCCGCUCCCCCUUGCCCCUCCUCUCCCCCCCCCUCUCCCCCCCCUCUCCUCCCCCUCUCCUCUCCCCCCCCUCUCCUCCCCCUCUCCUCUCCCCCCCCUCUCCCCCUCCUCUCCCCCCCCUCUCCCCCUCCUCUCCCCCUCCUCUCCCCCCCCUCUCCCCUCCCUCUCCCCCUCCUCUCCCCCCCCUCUCCCCCUCCUCUCCCCCCCCUCUUCCCCCCCUCUCCUCCCCCUCUCCUCUCCCCCCCCUCUCCCCCUCCUCUCCCCCUCCUCUCCCCCUCCUCUCCCCCUCCUCUCCCCCCCCUCUCCCCUCCCUCUCCCCCUCCUCUCCCCCCCCUCUCCCCCUCCUCUCCCCCUCCUCUCCCCCCCCUCUCCCCCCCCUCUCCUCCCCCGCCAGCUACUGGAGAGGGCCAGCUCUGCUCUCUUCAUCCGCCUGCCGCCCAUGCAUGCCACAUGGAGCACCACCUCUGCCCACUUGUUCCCCUGAUGUGCCGCGUGCGCUGUUAUUGCUCUGCUUCGGUGCUGACCUGCGCUGUGCUGCACGGGAGGCUACUGGAGAGGACCAGCUCCGCCCUCUUCAUCCGCAUCCCGCCCCUCCACUACUGGAGAGGACCAGCUCCGCUCUCUUCAUCCGCAUCCCGCCCCUCCAGCCGGCCAAAGCGGCGCUCGGCUUCACGGUUUUUGGUGUUCUCGGCGUGCGGAUGCUGCUGCGUCUGAUGCUGGAUGAUGGUUCGUGCACCGGGCAGCUCACAAUCCUAUGGCACAUCUUGCACAUCAGGCACAUCGAUCCGCUCACCGCUGCUAUCUGCACAAUAAAUUUAGUUCUCAUCGUUUUUUCAUCCGUUCUGGUGCUCAGCAUGGCAGUCAUGUGUGUGUGCUUAGCCUUUAUGGUCUGCACGAUUCGAAUCGACGGCUCACAGCUGCUGCACACGUUGCAGCUGUUUGGAUGGACGGUCAACACCACCAUCCCCACCUCAACUAUUGUCUGCGUCACCCUCCGCAAAAUG